AUGAGUUUCAUGGAGUUCAUCUCGUAUGUGAAGAAGUUGGUCAAGGAUGGAAGAAUCAGUGUCUACUAUUGUCUUCCACAACGUUCACUGAGAGAUAGGUUGAGAGCCUUGGAAUAUGAAAAUGAUUAUGUACGUUUUCUUGAUGUUGGAUAUGAGAAUGGGGGAAUGAUCAAUUUAUACAUUGAUCACAGUCAGGAGAUAGUUAUGGAGUGGAUUGAAGAAGAGAUAGCUGAAGAUGGAUCGAUAGAUGGUAAUACGGAUGAUGAUGAUGAUGAUGAUGAUGAUGAUGAUGUAGACUCUGAGCUUUCAGAUAAUGAGUUUGUGGAGCAUGAACCUGAUGAUGAAGUAAUACGAAUACAACCAUCUGAUGAUCCUUUCAUUAGAAUAAAAAUUUUCAGGCCUCCAAGAGUUGUAGAUGAUAAGAAAGAUGAUAAGAAAGACGUCAAGAAAGAUCUUCAUAAGUAUCCAGUUCAUGAUCCUAACAAAAAAUGGGAUAUAAUGGUUCCAGUCUUAGAUUGUUAG